GAUAUUUGUUUAAGCAGUGUUGCCCACCUAAAUAAUUUUCCUCUAAAGUGAGACAUUAAUUUUUAUAAACGGGGAUUUCUUCAAAAAUAAGAAAUUUCUCGGAGGUUUUAGGUUAGGUUUUGUAUUCUAAUCAAAAAUUUAAUUUGUUUUGAAUACUGAGAGUAAAAUAAUGCGAUUUUAUUAAUUAUAUCGUAAUACAAGAUGGAAAACGACAGAAAGGACGAAGAUAAAAAUGAAGAAAUUAUCCAGGUGAUAAUUGAUGAAAAUACAGGUAUUAAAAGGGAAAAACAUGUAAAAAGGGAAAUCGUGGAAUCGGAUAAGGACGAUGCGGAAGAUGGUGUGUCGCCAAAAACAGCAAAAGAUUUAUUCUCGGAUUUCAGACCCAUAUCGGAUGAUGAUUUUCCAUUUGAGGACUCGUCAGACUCGGACUUAGAACCUCUUUCAAAAAAACUUGAAGUAAAAAAGGAAAACACAUCGGAAACUACCACAAAAGGAACCCCGAAAAUAUACAAGAAAAGGCAUUAUUUGCAGAAAUACAAAAAAGAAUGGGAGCAGAUACCAGCUUUAAAACCAUGGUUAUCACAAAGCACUCUUGGAGAAUCAAACUUUUAUUGCAAGUUUUGCAAAAAGGAUUACAGAUGUGGAAAAACGGAAAUAUUUAAACACAUGGCAUCGUUGAAACACCAAAAACACCUUGGAAAACCUAUUUUAAGGGUACAGAAAAAGUUUUCAUUCAGAGGAUUGUUGUGCCCUACUUUUACCCCUUUUGAAAAAAACAGACCUUUUGAAAUUAAUUGGAAGUUGUUGAGGCCUUAUGCCAAGUUUUUGAAAGUUUGUGGAGUCAAAGGACUUUUAAUAAAUGAUGUAAUGGGUGAAGGGAUGUCUUUGACAAUUGAAGAGAGAAAACAACUGACUGAACAUUGGGCUGAAAUAUGUAAAGAAAGUGGGCAAUUUUUGAUGGUGCAAAUUGGUGGGGCCCCUUUAAGAAAUGUUAUUGAAAUGGCAAUACAUGCAGAGAGACAAAAUGUGGGGGCAAUAGUUUUGUUGCCAGAUUUAUACAACAGACCUAAUAGUCACUUGGACUUGAUAAGGUAUAUAAAAAUUGUUGCCGAGAAUUGUAAAGGGAUGCCUAUUUUGUAUCACCAUCAUCCUAAGUAUACAAAAGUUGAAAUGGAUGUUACAGCUUUCCUAUUGGAUAUAACAGGCGAGAUAGAUUCUUUUGUUGGUUUAAUUUACAGCACUAAUGAUUUAUCGGAAAGUAUGUCUGCUAUGACUCUAAAUCCAGAAAAAUUCUCAAUUUUUAUGGGAACUGAUGAUUGUAUAUUGGGAGCAGUCUCAAGUGGUUUCACAUGUAUAAUGGGUAACAGCAUCAACAUUUUGCCGAAAUUGGCAGAAUCUUUGUGCCACUGCGCAAAAAAUGGCGAAAUUAAGAGCGCACAGGCAUCGCAAGAUUUAAUGAAAAAAGCUUUGGACUUUAUUUAUUCAAGUGGAGAUAAAGUGUCUUCUCUUAAAGCAGCAAUGAGUAUUAUAGCAAAUUUGCCAAUGAUAACAACCAGAGAACCAUUGCAGACAGUAUGGGAAGGAACACUAAUAAAAAUGAAAAACAAACUACACGAAAUCGGAAUUGUUUAAUUUUAUACAAAAACGCACUUGGGCCACAGAAUAUUCUGUGCUUAGGCUAGUAUUUAUCAAUUUAAAAGUUAUGUGACAAUUUAUUUUAUUGAGGACAAAAUGUUUUAUAAUUUUUCCCCCCCAAGGUCUUCAAUUUAAUGAUAUAUCAACAUAUAUAUAAUAGAUGGUUUUUAUUUUAUACAAUUAGGAAUAAUUCGUUUGUUUCACAAUCCACACAACAAGGUCUGUUCUAUUUCGUACUAAAAAUACUAAAAACCACUGCACAGAGUUUAACGGCGGCCAUUUUUGUUGUUUACAAUUCUUGUGCUUUGGGUUUGUGCUGUUUAUACAGAUUAAUAAUCGUUUUAAACGUUGUGUUUCUUACAGAGGCACUUGUAAGCCUGAAAGUGCUAAGAAAAGCCAUUUUUUUUCUCUUUUGUAAAAAAUAAACAUUAUUUUAUGAGGGCUGUCAUCCAACUGUCAAUUUUAAGGUUAAUUUGUG